AGGAGUCGCGAGAGUUGUUGCAGACUGCAAUAACAAGUCAGCUUGUAGUUUGGCAGUGGUACUCGAGAGGUUGGUGCUCGCUAAGGGCUUCAACCUUUGAUAUUUCUCCACCUAUGUGGAAGCAGCGAACUGUACAGAUGCGAAGUUCUACAGUGGGACAAGCCGGGUGUUGCUGCCGUGAGUGAUGGAUUUGAUGCCUCCGCACUCGGGACAUCACCGGUCACGUCAGGGACUCGGGGACCUCCCUUGGCUGGCAAGGUGGCAGCGGGCACGUGGGCGUCGUGGUCAGUGAUGGCAGCCUCCGUGCACGCCUGCUGCCCGACACCGCUGCAGCCACGAGAGCGGAGACUGUCUGCCCAAGCUGAGCUUGGUGCUGGGGCACACCCACGGCCACCCAGGCCACGCAGUCAUGCAUCAGCUGAGCAGCAAACUCCCGGGGAGCAGCGACGUAGCGCAGUGGAACGUCUGGAGGAGACCAAGGCGCAGUACGUCAAGUCGGAGCGGGUGCUGGACAGCCGCCAGGGGCUGCGCAGCCGUCGUUCCGAAGGGGCCACUUUUGAGCCGCCGUUGCUAGCGCGGUCGCCCUCAGCCUACGAGCUUGUCGAGCGCCUGAGGGCCUCGCCACCAGCGGCACUUCUUGCGCGAGCACCGUCGCUGAAACUCCGGCGAGCCCCGUCACCACCCAUGCGUGCACGUGCAUUGUCAGAGACGCAGGCAAGGCGGCUACUCCGGCCAUCCAGGACUGACCAAGAUGUCCAGCACCAACUGAGGCGACUCAUUGCUGGCGACACUCCACCAUCCCUCACUCAGUCAUCAGGUCUAGCCGUGGUCCAUAAGAGCCUACCCGAUCUCUCGCCAUCCCGAACGCGUCGCGCCAGCACAGAGCUUCGAGCGGCGGUCGAUCUGUACGGUGAGCCAUCUCCGGUUUACGGCAGAGACCGCUACUGUCGCAAGCCCCGGCCUUCGUCGGAGACCGUGGUGGGCCGCAGCCUCUCGUUCCGGCCCCUCGACCUACCGAGCCGAAACUGCAUUCUCGGAGGAGAGGCGGCCUCUUCUUCUCGGCGGCCCGUGCUACGGUCCAAGUCCGACGUGGCGCACCGUAGCCAACCGGAUUUGGGGACGGGAGUACGGGACGCGCAGCGGUCGCUGCCCGACCGCUUCUUCGACACCCUGGGCUUGGACGCGAGCACGUGGCACAGCGUCCUCUCACCGUCGUCGGGGUCGGGCUCGUCACGCUACUUCGACAGCGUCAGUUCUGCGGACUCUAUGGGUCGGUCGUGCAGUCUGGCUGGUAGUGACACGUCUUCGGUCGGCGGCGGCUUUGGUGGUGUCGAAGGUGGUGCUGGCCUGCGCAACCGAGACCUGGUCGACCACGGUCCGGCCGAGACGUCCAUUGUGGAGAAGAACGCCAGGGUGAUCAAGUGGCUGUUCAAUUGCCGCAGGGCAACCAUUGGCUCCUGACCACCGUCGCCAAAGAUUCAAGCUAGCGUUUGUCCAGGGGUAAUGCAUGCAGUGUCGUAUAGUUUUCCUGCAGUGUGGCUUUAAGGAAGUGGUCUUGGGCGCUUGUGACCUAGGGUUUGAUAGUGUCCACAUGAGGGAGGGGUUGCCCUAGAUUAAGUGGUUUUGUUUUGUACAGUUCUUAAAAAGAUUGUUCUAGUUUUUAUUCUAACAUUGUACAAACAGUUUUCACCUUCGCAUCUUAAGAUAGGGCCCAUCAUAAUAUGGAUUGUUUGUGCAACAAAGCCUCCGGGACUCAAACAGAAACUAAGUGCUUCUGUUGUAACUUUCUAAAAACCAUUAUGUAAUCGACCUAAACUUAAUGUUGAUGUGUUCUGUAAAAGCCAGGUAGCUUUCUUUUUGUUGUUGUUGAUUACUUGAAGCACAAAACAGUGUAUUUUCUUAUUUUAGUAUUACACAUGCAUACUUAGAGUUUUGCUUGUAACAUUAGCAGAUAAUCACAGCAACAUAAGGUGAACAUAGGCAUUUGUACAUUGAUCAUGGAGACACUUCUGACGCUGAUCUCACUACGUCAUGCCAAAAAUCAGCCCACCGGAGGCAUAGUUUCAAUCUUGUUUCACUUUAAUGUGCGCCAACUUUGCAGUAGCAAUUCAGAUUGCUUCAUUCAUGCAAGCCCUUGCAUUGUGAGCAUUGGCAUAUGUUCCAGGCAAAAACCGCAUAAACACAAUCAUCGUCACAGCUCAUCCAUCCACUUUCCAGUCCUGCUUCCUUUCGCUAGGCUCUUCUGCCCCUUAAUAAAUUAAAAUGAGCUUCUGAUGUUUCGAUGGUAAGCCAUUUUGAUAAUCCUGUAAUAUGGCAGGUUGCUGGGGAACACCAUUCUCAAACGCCGAGACGAGAUUUCUCGUUUUAUUUGUUGUCGUUUUUUAUAACUUGUAGUGUCAGGGGUUGAGGCCUUAUGUUAGUGCUUGCACUGGCUCUGGUUUGCAGCUUUGCUUUUUGAAGUGAAGACCAUUUUUCUUUAUUUAUUUCUGCGGUGUUAGCAUCCCUACGCUCCCAUUGGUCCCAGAUGUUUCUUCAGAAUGUCUUCUGUCAUGUGUGUUGGCUCUCUGAAAAGGGUUCCCUAAUCAAAUGAAACAAAAAAUGAAAACACAAAAAUCAGUUACAAGAUGAGCUUGCUUUAAGUUUUUCUCUAUCUCGUGUUCCUCUUCAUUAUGCAAGUGUGCCGACUUGACCAGUUUUCUAUCCUUUUGUAGCCUCUUGCUCCUUGUUGUCAACAUGCCUUGCAUCCAUUCUAAUACAGAGGCAUGUGACAUCUUUCCCAUUUGUAGAGCUCUUUAUGUCUUUGCAUCAUUCCAUACUUACUCGCAUGAUGAAAGCUUUUUCAUCCUACUAAAUGGUACGUGGAACUUGAACAUGUGUUCUUUACAAAGAGCAGUGUUUUGACCAAAUGUACAGACACCCUAAAAUGUGACAAAGAUUUCUGUAGAGGGUUUCUCACUAGUUACUUUAAAGAUAUAAUUGCCUUUCAUGAACCAAAACAAAUUUACGUUCGAGCCCAUAUAUAAUGAUCCCAUUUAAAGCUAUUUUAUCGCUAACUUGCACAGUUCCUAAACGCUUAAUAUGUUUUGCAAGGAUUCUGAGAGAGCUGCUUUCUUAUAAUUACCAUGCGCCCUGGUCAGUUUGGUUUUAAAAAUAGUUAUUGGGCUUUAUGUGUCAGCACCAAGAUAUGAUUAUGAGGCACACAGUAGUGAGGGGUCUUCAGAUUAAUUUUGGCAAUGUUGCCUUGGUAAACGGCAGCAUCGGCCAUCAUUCCAUCAUUCGCUAUGGCAGGAAUAUCAAAUAGGUGUAGUAGUUCUUGUCAGCUUUAUGGGAUGUUAUCACAGAGGCAGCAGCAGCACAUAUUACGGUCAGCUGAUAAGCGAGUAGGCAAAAACAAGGCAUGUGUAUUUGAAGAGUCUAAAAGUACCCACGUUUAGACCACACAGCUUGCAGUUGGAGGCAUUGCUUUCUCCCCAUGCGCCCAGUGCAUUGACACUGCUUCAGUGGGCGCAUACAGUAAGAGCAUUCCAAUUUGUCAUUCCAGCCAUGCAAUUGUCAGUUGCAUUUUUCACCCUUUCUCUUUGCAGGUUAGCAAACCUGACAUAUGUCUGGUUAAAAGAGUUGAAUGUUGGGCAAGUUGGUGUUUGGACAUUAACAUCAUCAUAAGUACCGUCUAUUCCUUUCUAUUGUGCUGUUUCAUUGCACUACUUAUGAUGAUAUUAAUGUCUGGUUAACCUUCCUGCCUUUACUUCUACUUGUCUGUCGUUUUGAAAUCAGAGAGACAGACUACAUUGACAUGUUUACUGUUCAACUGCACCGACGAGCAUUCUUUGAUCUCGGCAAUGGUAGCCAUAUUUCUAUGAGUGAGGUGCAAAACCUCUCGUCUGCCAAUCUUUGGGCAUAUGUUGAAGGAGCACUGAAACUCCUUUAGAUUGCAGUAAGAAAAAGUUUUUAACCUGUAGGCAGUGUAGCUGUGAACAAGCUAUGCAAGCUUCGUUCCACUGCAAGGGACUUCCAGUUUUGCUGAACAGGUCACUUGCUCUCUCUACCAUAGCUUCUGAAGCCACCCAUUCAUCUCUUUCCUGGCUGAAAAUUGGGUGAUUGUUCAUUGUCAUGACUUACUCAUAAGUAAAAGCUUAUACACACGUCCUACUUCUACUGCUACUGCUACUUUCUUGCUCUCAGGCAUCUUCUUUAUAUGCCAAAUUCACACUGGGGCAUUGCUAUUAGCAGUGCCUCAGUGUAGGGGAGUCAUUCAAGCUGAGUGGGGAAUCGCAAUAGUAUAAAUGUUGUACUUGAAAUAUCUUCAUUCAUAUUGAAUCCUCUGAAAGAAAAAAAAAGCCCUUCAGGAGUGUUCCUUUAAAGUAUCACACUGAUUGUGGCAUGAUGCUCGAGUGUUAUGAAUGGGUGUUCCCUAGUUUAUCUAUAACUAAUCUGAAUAACUCCACUUUGCAACCUGUUAUAUGUAGCCCCUGUUUCCUUUGGACAUUGCUAGUUAGUUGGUGCGUAAUUGGAAUAGAAUCAAAAAGUGCUUCAGACAAAUGAAGUGAAGGCAGUGUCAUAUCCCUCAUCUUUGCAACGUCCUGCCUGAAAUGCCAUUUUGAUUGUGUUGCAAUAAGGAGCAUGAUUUGUCAGUCUAGCUAUACUUCACAUUUGCCUUUGGCGUGGCUCCAAAUGUGGGCUGUGCGUCAACAUGACGUGGGAAAAGAAUCAGUUACCAUGUUUGCCAUCACUUUAGGAUUGCGCGCCUUUGAUAGCAGCAGCUGUGCAUUGUUUCCUACGUGUACCAAAGGAAUAUUUUGGGACUGACCACCUUCCAUAGCCACACUGCAGGAAGGGCCACUGUGCGAGUUUUCUUUUUGUAAAUGCUGUCUAGUCAGGCACCCGGGCCCGUAUGCAAUGGCUGCUCUCCUUGUCUCCUCAGCAGGUAUGUGGGCAGCUUUUCCUACACAACAUACACCGGUGCUAGUAUACAAAGAUAGACUUUUGUGGGCUCUCACACACAUUUCUCCAAGUCUUUCUCAUCUAUGUCACGCACUUUUCCGGUGUUUUAACAUGUAGCUUUCAAGGGACCCUGCAACGCACUUCCAAGUAAUUGUCGAAUGGCUUCUUAAAGGAGUUCAAUGCCUCGCGAAUAGACUGCCAUAAAAAUUUUAGAACCCGUCAAUCAUGAGCAGAGUUACAGAGAUUUGUUACACGCUUUUAAUCGCUUUCCAUCGCGUUUCUUACCAGCGAGCACACUGCGAGCUACGCAGGGGUGUGAGUGACAAAGGGGCAAGAAGCUACGUUUUUUCUUCGAAUGUGAGGCUUCCUUUCAGUGAGAUUGCGAGCACGCGCACGAGCACAUCGCGACAUCUCGCAGCAGCUGCAGUAUCUAUGCAGCUCACAAUGCUCAAAUCAGCCAAUGGCUGCGGACUUUGUGUUUAUGGCCCAGUCAUUUGGGUUUAUGGCAUCAUUUGUCAAGAGAAGAGCGAGCGAUUUCUAGCUGACUUUGAAAAUGAAUUGUAAAUUCCAGGCCGCAUGCUGCCCUAUAAUGUUUGGUUCACAUGUUCUCAGAAGCCUCGACUACCGAUCAGUAGCGUUUUCUGACCAUGCAGAAAAAGUGUUGCAGGGUCCCUUUAAGUGGACCUUGAGGUGGUCUCUCAAAUAGCCGAAGAUGACUUUUAGCCAUGUCGUAGCUCUAUCCAUUGGUGACAUCAUCGCGAAUCUUCCUUUUUUUAUGUGUGCUUUAUCUGUGUGCAGGUAUGAAUUAUUUGAUGUACAAAGCCACAAGUACCUGUCGAUUUUUGAGCAUCAAGUCAGCGUGAUGUUGUGUGGCAUCUGUCACACUGCAGGUAAACCAUAUGCAACUUAGUAUGCGGCAGCAACUUUUCAACUAAAGUUGCUUUGUCAAUUCCGGGGUCAUGGUAUGCUGGGUUAAUUCAACAUGGCUUGAUGGCACAAAGAUAGCUCCAGGUGCUUGUGGCUCUAGUGUUAUUCUUUGAUCAUUGUUGCUUGGCACUAUAGUUUCAUAUGAUUGCACUACAUUAGUCAAGAUAGAGAGAAAGGAUCACUGACGAGUGAUUUCGAGCUUUUAUAAGUAUUUCUGCUAUGACUUUUGGAGCCAGUGUGAGCAGAGAGAUGAAAAUGAGAGGAAUAAUAUUGAUUUGAAAUUUAAAAUGUUAUAUAGUAAUUAAUUUCAGGGUCCUGUCGAAGAGUUUGGUCUGUCCACUGCGACUGAUUAGCCUUUAUACUGUCUCUGUAAGGCAGGUCGCUGCACUUCAGCUCUUUAGUCUGAAAGAAUUGUUAUAGCCUAUACGGGAUGCGCUGGCGCAUGUCUGAUACACCUUGUUAAUGUGCUUUUUGUUUUUCUACUUGCUUAUAUUUUUUAUCAAAGUAUUAAGCAGAUUUUUAUUACAGUAUCAUUUUCUACGUAUGAAGUCUGGUCGUCUGGAAUGAGCUCUUGCUUUUUUAUAUGCAUGCAUUUACUUUUUUCUGCGCGCUGUUUGCGUGCUUUCUCUUAUCCGUUCUUUGUGGGCAAGUUGCGUCGUGUGUGUGACAAGAGCGGCGAGGGUCAAAUAUUUUUUGUUUUGCCCUUUGUCAUCCAAUCCUGCACGAUCCGAGGUGAGGACUGUAAUGUAUAGCAACAGUGCCGUAGCCACACAGAACAAGUACUCGAGAGAAAUAGGCCAAAGUUUCUUCAAAAAGGCAUCGUCUCGAUGCAUUCCAGGAGGGCAACAAAGUGCAGGGUCCAUGGUGUGGUGUUGGUAGUGGCGUCAGUGCACUCCGUCUAUGGUGCAUCGUCCUUUUUUGUGGUCCUGUACCCCACAACUUUUGAUGACCGCAUGCGCUCCCACCUUGCACCUUAGAGGUUUUCCUGUAAGUGCUGGAUUGCUCAUUAUGCUGUUCUAUUCCCCGCCAGCCACUUCCACUGAGUGAGCGCUUACGGUAGUCAUCGUAGUGUUGGUUUCAAUCCCCAUGGAAACAAUCCUGAAUAAACACGGUCUUGUUGCUUUGCACAGCAGUUACAGAGAAAAGUACUCAGGUUUGGCAGAAAGCACAAGCACACCGUCAGACUAUUUUCUCACCAUACUUGCUGGCACCGUCAACCAGCGCUAGCUUCAGUUUGCUUAUAGUAGUACUUAGUUACAUUGGUGGCUGCCUUGCACUAAGGUCACGAAGUGUUCAUAAUGCAGUGACAGUACUGUGUUUUACGUGGGAUUGCUGCUUUUGAAGAAACGGAACAGUUGUACAGUAAUUUUUAUGGCUGUAGCUACUGUGCAAAUGUAGCAAAUACGCUCUCCGGCGUCAUGCUCAAACACCCAGGAUUAUGCGGAAGCGUGGUUACGAGGCAGCACUCGGCUUACCAUUCGUGGAGGCCCUAGAAUAUAAUAUGACUUCCAUCAGUGACUGACAGCCGUGGUUCUAGUCUGAAAUGAGCCGGCUUCCAUUGCUUCAGCCCACAAUGCCGCACUGCUUUGGAAUUGUGUCCUCAGGGAUGGGAGCCAAGAUACAGCCCCAGAUCAGCCAUGCUGUAAAAAAGCGUUCAACUUUGUGCACACAUAUGCACCACUCUUGUUGCUCACAGAUGUGUCGUCCAUCUAGGGACUCAAUGCUCACAGCCGAGUGAACUAUUUUGGCAAGCCGCGUUACUGUAGGCUCACACAUGCUCGUCGUGUCGCUUUGGCCAUAGUGCAUUAUGCCCGAUCUGCACAGGACUGGGUUCUGUGUCAACAACGAGCCAUUUUUGUUGGGAUAAUUUAUAUUCUGGUGAAAAACUGUUGCUCCAGCGAUUGACCUGCAGCAUUGCUGUCAGCGGGAAUUUUUAUCCCUGCUCGUCCUGGGAAAGGGGGUCAUGUGCGUGAAAGAAUAAUUGCAGCAAUUGGAAACGUAACACUAAGAGUAUGAGAAUAACCACAGUCUGAAAAAGCUAUCUCCAUUUUCCACAGUUUUCAGAGUCUAAAAUGCUCCUUACAUAACAAAGUACAAGCGGGGACUGAUGGAUGGAAGCACGAUGCGAUUAUAAGUGCUUCAGAUAGGCUGGCCGACGUUUCGAUUGGUGAGCUUAUCUUCGUCAAAAGCGCCUAAUCAUCCUUCGCGCGUUUUGUUCUGAAAGGCCUAAUGACGUCAUGUGGUGUCGCUGUCAGUAUCUGUCACCUGUAAAAGAAAAAGCUGGACAAAGAAUCAGCAUGUUCAUUUCACACAUUUGCAGGUGACAAGUACCGACAGCUACAUCAUGUGACGUGAUGUCACUGACUAGCCCUUUCAGACCUAACUCACCAAUGAUGAUGAAGUACCUUUGACGAAGAUAGGUCCACUUAUUGAAAUGUCAGCCAGUCUAUCUGAGGCACUUAUUCCUGCUCAGAGAACUUGUACAUCGCAUACUUACACCUCAAGCCCUAUAGGAAGCAACAGUUCUGGCAUGCUCACAUGUGCUGUGGCUUGUACUCUUUUGGCAAAGGCUGUAAUUACAUCUGAAGAACCAUAAUAGCAGUGUGGACAUCUGAGUUCCAUUAUUGCUGUUUAAAUCUCAAAAACGAGUGUCGAGCAACUCAGCAGCACCUAAUGACUCAUCAAGUAGGUUUUCUAUCUUUUUUUUUUCUUCUUUUUUUCUUUUUUUUUUUUCUUAUGUGUGAUGUGGUGUGUUGCUGGUGACUUGCGAAACACAUUACGAAAUCACAAAUCCUAACUGCUGUGUGAACAGAGUUAUAGCAAGAGCCACACACACUGCACCUCAUAUCCAUUCUCCAUUUGGUUGCUUGACAGUUGCUUCAGUAAAGGAACACUAAAGAGAAAAACAAUUUUUUUCGUAUUAGUAAGCUGCUAUUUCAUAAUACCAAAAUCACCAGGCUCGCCAUGCGUUGAUGCUUGGUAAGUUAAUAACGUAAAAAGAAAAUGCACGUGAUGACACCACCUUGAAAUUCCCACACCGAUCGUUAUGACGUCAUGGACAUUGAUGGCAUGUACUAGGGCAUACGCCAUUCCUAAUUGGUAAAAAUGAAGUGCAUUGUUCUCUGAGGAGACCACAGACUUAACAUACGAAGUUUUAGGAAAUUUCUUUGAACCAAUGUCGCCAAAAUACGAAAAAUACUCUUUGAAAUUCAUGACGUCGCGCGUGGAGAUUCCGGCACGAAAUUUAAAAGGGAAACUUUGACCUUGAUUUUUUCCUGUAUUAAUAGACUUAUGAUGGCGAAAUUAGUGUCACUAGAGUUUCCAAAGUACAAUUUAUCAAUCUAAACUGACUCAUUGUUUCUCUUUAGUGUUCCUUUAAGCAGAGCAUCCUCCCAUAACAUUACAUGAUCUUUAAGCUGCUUCUAGUAGCUGGCAUUGUAUCAGUUCUGUUUUCACAGCAAAUUUCUCAUCGCUUAAGCUGCUUAAGUUGAAUGUGUCUUCUCGUUUUCCUUUUGUUGCAGUAGUAGGGCAGAGAGAUUUAUCACCUGUGAAACUGUCCUGUGCAGAUCUGAGCCCACCGCCGUUUUUGUAUCGAACUUUGUGGAGCUCUGUCAUAGCUGUAGGGUGGUGAUGUAUUGUCAUUGUUGUCAGCGUCAUGUGAGCGAGCCAAGAUUCAUGGCCGUGGCUUCUUUUAAGAGUCUCAAGCAGUGCUCUGUGUACUGCCUCCGUUUGUAAGCAUGUUGAGAUAUUGCAAAGUUAACACCCUACACUCUUGGAAGUUUUACGUGUCUUGAAGUGUAUGUUUACCAAAUGCCAAUAGAAACAUUCAAUCUCAAACAUGUACUGCUCACUCUGAUGUCUAGUUGUUGGAAGCACCUGAACUUGCUUGAAGUUGUGACCCUUUGGCACCACGCUUUCAAUUCUGCAGGACAAGUUUACACUUCAUGUGUAGAAGCAUCAAAGAAAUUGAUCAGGCAUGAUACAUAAAUUUGAAGACAGCUGUUAGACAAAUUUGGUUAUUCUUUGUGGAGUAUUAAACGAAAACACAGGACGAUGCCUGGCUGACUUAUGGGUCCGGUAGUGCAGAAUAUGUUGAACUGUUGGCAAAAGCCUGCACUGAUUGCUAUGUCAGGCGAGUUGUCUUAACCCCUUACAUGCUUUGGUUGAGCCUAGCUUGUCAACACAUUCCUGGUAAAUUCAAAUUUGGACAAGCUCAGCUCAUCGAAAGCAGCUUAGUACUUUCAUCCAUGCCAAUAUUCCUGUAUUCAAAGUGAUCUGGAUGAACGGCAUGCGUCCAGUUUUAGUUCUUCUUUUAUGCAUAGAUGGCUGCACAUUGUCAACAUUUGAAAGGCUCAUUAUUGCAUUCUUUGAAUUUAUUUUGUCACUCAGGUGGCAGCACGUUUUCAGAGCUCCAGGGCCUUGUUCUCGGAGAUGUGCAAACGUUGCCUCACAGAAUCAAGUCUGAAGAUGUUUUAAAAAAAAAAAAAGCCUUUUUUGUCCACAUCUCAUCUUCUUUCCAUACCAAUUCAGCACUCAUCUUCCUUCGAAUAUCGCACCAACUAUGCCAGCAAUUCACUAUUCUAAAGUUAAAAAACAAACAUUUUAUUCAGUUCUAGUGUACCAUCUGUGGUAACGACAAACACAUAGUUAUGUUUAAUGAAGAGUUCAAAUGAAGUUUGCAAGUAUAGAGUAUGAAGUAAAUUUGUUGAAAAUACUUUAGGAAUAUCUUGUAAUUUGGAAGAUGUGCUACAAAAGAAAAAUAAGGUCAUUUUAGCCCGCGAAAUAUGUCUUGCACACGCACAAAACUCUUUUUUUUUUUUUACGUGAGAUAUCUUUUCAAGCAGAACAUCUUCUUUAGACAUCGAAUAUUGAAAAAACCUAAAUUUUAUUUUUCUACACUGAUGAAACUGUCUAGUUACUAGCAGUCACGUGACCUAAGUAUUCUCUUAAAACCCUCAUUGGCAUCUGAAAGUAUGUGGAUGUAUAGGGUGGCAAUCAUGUGCUUGGGACGGUGUAAAACCUUCCAAGAGUGUAGGGCCCACAGACAAGCCAAGAUGUCCAGAUAGGUGGCCUGAGCACCCCUUUUGGUGCAUGUGGCAGGCACAGAGCCAAGAAUGCUUUGCUCGAGUGCUUUCCAGGCAGGGAUAUGGCAUUUGACUUGUAAGAUGGUUGAUUGAGUUGGCUCUGUGUGUUUUGUAGCAGUUGACGAGCGAUACCCCAUGUGGCAACGACAUUUAUCCUAGCCAUGCUGCUGGUAAAGCCAGUGUCCAUCGAAUCGCUGCCCAAUAAUUUUUUUUUCUUUUUCAGGGUGGCAGAGAGUGUCUAUCACAGCUUGUUUGUACUCUUGAGUAGCGAUUAUUCUUGAAUAAAAUUAGUGAGUAAUUUA